AUGACCAUCAUCACUACCCCGACCGGCACAAUGCCUCUGUCUUUCACGGUCAUCACGACCAUAGGAGGCACCUUGAGUACUAUCAUAUCCACUCCCACACCUACUACGUUCACCACCUCUAUCUCGGGCACAUUGAGGACCAUUACCUCCACGCCAAGUCCUACAACUCGCUUAUCAACCAUCAAGCCCUCCACCACGCUCAUCACCUUCACGACCAAACCAACAGCAACAGACAGCCCCGAUCGGGUCAUAACCGAUAUCGAAAAGUUCGGUUUUACUAAUGGCGACUACUUCGUCGGGAAGUUCCUCCCAAUCAUCCUUGCAGUCAUGAUUGCGGUUCCUCUCCGGAUCAUCGACCUCAACGCCAAGCUGUACCAGCCUUUCCACGCUCUCGCACGGGAAGGAGGCUCGUUGGGGAAAAGCAGCAUGACCUUGCAGUUUGAUGGCUGGAAAGGCUUCUUGACCCCCUUCGAGAGUUUAUUGCAGGGUCAUCCGGUCCCUUUCAUCACAACAUUAAUCAUAUUGUGUUCAUCUCUACUUGCACCUUUAGCGACGGAAGCUAUCGGGAUGAAACUUCAUGGCACUUGCAAGAUCACAGCAAUCGAGGGCUGUGGCAUCCAAUUGGGUGUCUCUCCAGUAUCAAGCUACGCGCUGGUCGCCCUGAUUGCCUUCAUCGUAUUCUUGCUUCUCGUCUUGCUCUUUUUCCUUCGGACUUGGGAAACAGGCCUCCAUGCCAACCCCUGGAGCAUAGCCGGAAUCUCCUCCCUUGCGCGCAACUCGGACAUUCGAUCGCAUCAAAUCGACUUCAAAGCCAGCGCAAAAGCGAUGACAGACAAGCGAUAUGGUUUUGGCUACUUCGAAAACAACCUCGGCCGCGACGAGUACGGCAUUAUCUACUGUGACGACUCAGCCCAGAGUCUCCAAGGCGCAACAGCUUCCGGCGCAAUUCCAGCAGACGACGAACUCACUGGCACGUACCAAAGGGACAUUGCAAAGAAAAGCCGUAAACCGGUGCCUUUCAUUGCACUUACGUGGUGGUGGCGACUCGGGUUCAUCUUCUUCCUCACUGCCUUGUUUAUCAUCAUAUUGUACUAUCAUCUCACACUGGGCGUUCGAACUUCUUUUAAAGACUUCAUGGAUAGUCAGACGUUUGGCGUUCGGUUCUUUUUCGCGGCGUUGGGUGUUACCAUUAUCUUCUGCUGGGAGUCUAUUUUCAUCACUAAGUGCACCGAACCCAACCUCAAUUUCGCUUAG